UAAUUCUUUAGCGGCAAUGGGGCUGUGAUUCCGUCGGCGUUUCAGAACCGGAAAUUUGGCGCGGCAAAUGGAGCUACCGGCGUCGACUUUCCAGCCGGAGCUCCGCCGUUCCUUGGAAUCUCUAUCUCCGUUGGAUUCAUAUUUCUGGUGCGGCACUCCGCGGCGGGAAAGGAUCGGUACAUCGUCACGUCUAGACCUUCCUGUUUGGAAAUUUCCUCGCGGAAUCUCGGCCUCUGCUAAUCCUCCCCACUGUAUAAGUGAGGUGGUCGAUUUCGAACCGCGUGGUUUUGGAGAGAAGGGACGCAUUCACUUCGUCGGAGUUGGAGGCAGUGGAUUAUCCGCCCUCGCUAUGCUUGCGCUUAAACAAGGCUACAUGGUUAGUGGUUCGGAUAUAGCGUGGAGUAGCUACAUGGAUGCAUUAAAGGAAGCAGGCGCGUCGCUGUUUGUGGGUCACUCUGAGAGAAAUUUGCACUGGAAUGGCGAGAUAUCGAGUUUUCCUCAGGCAGUUGUUGUGUCGAGUGCGAUUCCACCUGAAAAUGUGGAGGUUUUGAUUGCCCAAUCUCGUGGAGUACCAGUGUACAAACGAGGUGCAUGGUUGGGAAAAAUUACCAAGGAUUACAACUUGAUUGCUGUCAGUGGGAGCCACGGCAAGAGUACCACAGCAAGUAUGCUCGCUUAUGUAUUAAAGGCCAUGGGAGAUGAUCUGACAGCUGUCAUUGGGGCACAAGUGCCGCAGUUUUCUGGAGGUAAUGUUAUUUAUGGGGAUUCUCACAACUUCGUACUAGAGGCUGAUGAAUAUGAUGGUUGCUUCCUUGGAUUAUUACCUCAUGUAGCCAUAGUAACAAAUUUGGACUGGGAGCAUGUUGAUAUAUAUCAAGAUAAGGAGGCUGUCAAAGAAAUUUUCAGGAAGUUCCUAGAGAGAGUAAGAACUGAUGGCCACCUUAUUGUAUAUGGGGAUAAGCAUGGCCAGAGCCUAGGUGCUUUUUCUAUGCUGAAUCACCCCAUAGAGGUAUCUGAUACUCCGAAUUAUGUGAAGAGUCUAUCUGACCAGCUAUGCGCCAACAGAUACAAUAUUACUACUUUUGGAAUGUCAAGUUACAAUAACUGGCAGGCUUCAUCAGUUUCUCCAAACUCUCAUGGUGGUUGUGACUAUCAACUGUGUCACAAUGGACAUCCUGUCACUGUGAUCAGCUUGCAAAUACCUGGAGACCAUAAUGUACUUAAUUCAUUAGCGGUGAUUGCUGCAUUAAAUGCUUUAUUUGGUGACGAUAGACAAAUCUACGAAUCAAUAGAUAAAGUGAAGUCACAUUUGAAUAACUUUAAAGGCAUCUCCAGACGUUUUGAGUAUAUUGGCAAAAUUCAUGGAUGUUGUAUAUUUGACGACUAUGCUCAUCAUCCCACUGAGGUCCGCUGUGUUCUUCAAGCAGCAAGAAGGAUUUUUCCUUUAGAGGAGAUUUUGGUAGUUUUCCAGCCUCACACUUACAGUCGUCUGGCAGCAUUGAUGAGUGAGUUCGCCUCUGCAUUCAGAGAAGCAGAUCAAGUCAUAGUUACUGAGGUCUAUUCUGCCAGGGAAACUAACGUUUGGAAUAUUAGCGGAGAGGAUCUGGCUAUGCUUGUAGCCAGUCCAACAUGCGAUUUUAUCCCACGCCUGGAGAAUGUGAUCAGUGAGCUGGUGAAUAUGGUAUCUGAGAACCGUCAGCGUCAGCUUGUGAUCUUGACACUAGGAGCGGGUGAUAUAACUCUGGUUGGACGGAAGGUGCUCCGAGAAUUGGAACAAAAGUUCAAUCAGGAGUCAAGCCUGCAAUUUCUGUAGAAUGAAGAUGCCCUUCUAUGACUUACUGUUGCUGAUAUUCGAAUUUACCCACAGGUUUUGUUGAUUGCCUUUGCAAGUCACACUAUAAGAUGAAUACUCUAGCUGCUAUAAAAUGUGAGUACAUGUUUGAGAUUUUCCUCCAA